UCGAGAGGAAGCUGACAGAGAGAGGAGAAAGAGGUUCAUGAGUUCUGGCUCCUUGGGAGGUGUCGGCGGUGAAGAGAAUUUGCCAUUCCAUGCUGAAAUCUCUGUUUCCUUGGGCAAGUUUUCAGACUUAGCUGAGUGAUGUGAAGUAUGUGAGUAAAUGAGAUUCAUGGAAGCAAAAUGGCAUUCACUGAUGAAUUUUGUUAGUUUUUUUCACUCUGGUUUGUGAAAUGUGAGGCGUUGAUACAGAGAGUGACUUCUAAUACAUCAACUUCUCAUUCCUUCUAUAAUAAGCUAUAAAUUGAGAAUUGAGGGUUUAGUACAACUGAGUUGCAAAGUUUUUCUUGUGGCCUUGCGCUGGCAUAGCAUGCUCCAGUAAAGUAUAAGCAGCAUUUCCUACUUCAUUAGAAAAAUGGAUAUUAAAGAGGCAGAGAGGGUAGUCAUAGCCAAACCAGUAGCUUCAAGGCCUACUUGUUCCAGUUUUAGGUCUUUCUCGGAGCUCCUUGCAGGUGCCAUUAAUGCCUCACCCACUAAUUCUUGUUUUGAAACUGCAGUUGCUGCAAUUAGACCAAAGACUGUGAGGUUCAAGCCAGGGGUUAGUCAUGCCCCAACAAUGAUGGUUACUUCUCAGGCAGAGCUUCCCAGAACAGCAGCCUGUAAUUUAACUGAUAAGGUUUCAGAAUCAGAUAGCAAACCGACUUUGGUUUAUAAACCACAAGCAAAGCUUGUCUCAAAGACUACUGUUUCUCUCUUGGCAAACAUGGAAACUUCAAUACUAGUCAUCAACAAGCACUACUAGCAGUUGAGGCAAGAGCUCAACAACUGAACUAAGAAAAGCAAAAUUUCCAAUCCCAAUUCAUCUCAAAUAUUCAGCAGAGUACUACAUCACAGGCAGAUACAGAGCAGACAAGUGAACCCUCAAAGAUGACAUCUCAGAACAUGGAUGAGGAUCCCAAAGGUAUACCUGCUAGAACUGAUAGACCCUCUUAUGAUGGCUAUAAUUGGAGGAAAUAUGGGCAGAAACAAGUAAA